GCAACAUCCUCCGGGAUGCGGGCGAGAGAGGGGUGGCGCGAAGGGCGGAGCACCACUGCUGCAGCGGACCAGGCUCGCUCUCCUGCAGGUCUGACUCCUUCCAAAAUGAACGGUCCGGAGGAGGCCAGCAGCCCUUCCGCCGCUAAAACCUGCGGCCCCGCCACUCCCGACCCGGCCCCGGCACCCCCGAACCUAAGCCCGCGCCGGAGGAGCGAGGACGCCGCCGAGGCGCCGCGGGCGAUGGCGAUGGCGACGGCGAUGGCGAUGGCGCCCACAGGUGAGGGCGAGGGCAGCGCGGAGAGCCCGGCGGAGGGGGGCGCAUCCCCGGCCCCCGCGGCCUGCGGCCCCGAGCCCGGCGAUCGGGAGGUUAGGGGUGGUGAUGCGGCCGCCAAAACGGCCCCGGAGGAGGCUCGGCCCCAGGCAGGGGGGCCGGGCGCAGCCCCUGCCUCCCCCUCGGCGGCUGUGGCUGCCGACCAGAGCCAGGAAAAUGGCUGUCCGCCGGGAGAGCCGCGCGGCCCAGCUGGGGAGAAAGCUCCAGAAGCCCGUGGCGCAGAGGGACCGGGGUCUCUGGCGAUGCCUGGGGCCACGGCCGAGGACGGGGUGACCAAGAAGGGCGCCGCCUCAGCCUCAGCCGCGGUGGGAAAGGAGGGAGUGGCGGCGGCGGCGGCGGCGGCGGCGGCGGAGAAGACAUUGGCGCAGAAGGAGGAGAAGGUGGUGGGGGCAGGAGUGAAAGAGGAGGCGCGGGCUGGGAGCCCCAAGGCCAGCCACUCCAUGGACUCGCUGGAGGCCAUCGACCAGGAGCUGCUAAACGUCAAUGCGCAGGCGGACAGGGCCUUCCAUCAGCUGGAGCGCAAGUUCGGCCGCAUGCGGAGGCUCCACAUGCAGCGCAGAAGUUUCAUCAUCCAGAACAUCCCCGGUUUCUGGGUCAUCGCCUUUGGGAACCACCCCCAGCUGUCACCUAUGAUCAGCGGCCAGGAUGAAGAAAUGAUGAGGUACAUGGUCAAUCUGGAGGUGGAGGAGCUUAAGCACCCGAGAGCAGGCUGCAAAUUCAAGUUCAUCUUUCAGGGCAACCCCUACUUCCGAAAUGACGCGCUCGUCAAGGAGUAUGAGCGCAGGUCCUCUGGCCGCGUGGUGUCCCUCGCCACCCCGAUCCGCUGGCACCCGGGCCAAGACCCCCAGACCCAUAGCCACAGGAACCGGCAAGGGAACUCGAUCCCCAGUUUCUUCAACUGGUUCUCAGACCACAGCCUCCUGGAAUUUGACAGGAUUGCUGAGAUUAUCAAAGGAGAGCUGUGGUCCAAUCCCCUCCAGUACUACCUGAUGGGGGAAGGGCCCCGAAGAUUUCGAGACCCAGGGAGACAGCCAGUGGAGAGCCCCCGGGCCUUCAGGUUCCAGUCUGGCUAGCUCCUGGCCUGGGAGAAGCUCCUGCACCCCGUUUCUUGACCACCUCCUCUUGGAUCCCGUGCUUAGCCAGUCGCAUGCACGCUCCCGUCUGUUUUCUCUUCACCCUGGAUUAUUUUGUUCUUUAGUUCUUCUAAAGUCUUCAAUCAGUUGCAAGAUUAUGGCUUCUAUGUCUGUGCUCAUCUUCCUCUGGGCCUCCUUGCUGUUCUGCAAAGCGUUACGUGAUCCAAGUGCAUGGCCUUGUAUUGCUUUUGUGCCAAGCACAAGACGCCGCGGAUAUGCACUGACUUCCUUUGCAUGCCUUGGGCCCCGUCGGUGACGAUGGUCUUUCCCCAGGGUCUCCAGGGGUUAUCUGCCACAAGUUAACUUGAUAUAUAGCUUUGCAAAUAACCAGCUGGGCUUCAUACUUUAUGCUGGCUGUGCUCCUACACCUGGUACUCUGUGGCAAGAUCUUUUGAGCUUCACCCCUGCAAGAUGAAGCUGAUGUAGAUGGUGCCAGUCAUCAACCCAAACUGGACAUUCCAGGCUACCGCUAACUGGUUCCCAGCUGCCUUCCUGGGCGUAUGCCAUCCAACCUGCUGGUUAUCUGGCAGAAUAAGCAGGUGGCUGUGGGUAGCUGAUGGUCUUGAACCAGGUAGCAGAUGACAGGCAUACUGUGUCAUGUUGAUCUUUUGCCUUUGGUCACUGUACUUUGACCAAGUUCUGGUGAGUAUGAAAGCUGGGCUGUGGCCUCCCAAACCUGGUUUCAGUCUUUUGGAUGUGCUUUGCCCACGUACCAUAGCCUGCCUCUUCAGGAACUAUCUGUGGACUGAAGCCCCCAGGCAGCACACAGGAACACCCCCUCCCCCCUUCCCCUAAACCCCUCCAAAUGGUUACCCAUCAACCCACUGGCUGUCAGUGUGACAGUGCCCAAAGCAAGGCAACAACCUUUCUGAGUCCUGGCCAAUAAACCCCCCUUAAUCUGGGCAACUUGGUUAGGCAUCCCCUUCCUUACCUAUUCUAAGCAUGAUGAAGUUGCUAGGCUGGGGUCACUGAGGACCAUGUAUUGCUAUUCCUCUUCCUCUUACCCCCCUUCUCCCCCUCCUCCCUCAAGAGGCAAUUACAGUUCAGAAAAAAACAAUACUAAAGCAGGGUUUUGGUUUCAUUGGCUCUCCCCUUGACUGUAUCCAGAGGGAGAAAGCUACUGUAUAAUAGAUUCUCCAGGUCUCAUUGCCCUCUUCUGCCCUCAUGCCUCCACCCACUUCCUUAAGCAAGAUCGAAAUGUUUCAAAGGGAGACCUAUGGGUAAAUUGUUUAGUUAGGCAGCGCUCUUUUGGACCAACGCUGACAAUCUCAUCCUUUCUCAUGAUUUACCAAAACCUCCUGUGUUUUUUAAUCUUUAGUGUGAGAGUCCGGGAGGAGAGACAGAAGCACUUCACAGAGAUGGGUUCAAGACUCACCGCAGGUUGUGAUUUAAAACAACCAAAAAUUAGUUUGACUCUACUUUCCUAAAGAUGGCAAUUUUUUUUUUUUGGGGGGGGGGGGCUUGGACAACUUAGAAAGCAGCAUUUGUGGGUCAGCCCUGUGUUCUGUACUAUUAUAGCCCUGAUGUCUUAAGGGCCUCCAUCUUACUGCCUGGCCCUUGGCUCUCAGUUCUCAGCUUCCUCUUUUCCUUCCCUGCUUCUGCCCUGACAAAGAGGGAGCAGGCUGCUGUCUGCAUUGUGGCAAAUGCCAAGUCUUCCUCCUAGCGUGUAAGGAGGUUUGUGGGCCCUCUGGAUUUUCAGACAAGUUCUAGCUGGGGGGACAACAGUGUGUCAGGGCUGUGUUACUUCUGGAGGGGUGUGGUGGUGCUGAUGACACCCACCCUCACCCUUUCUCCUUCCUUUGUGAAGGUUUGGCCAUAAGCUACCCAGGGCUUGGGGAAUCUGGGUACAGAGCAGUGGGGACUAUGCUCUAAACUGGAGAAACUGGAAGCCCAGAAACAAAUGAGCCUGCUGCGGAGUGGCCUUGGGAAGGCAGGCAGGGAAGACCGGAACCCUGCAGGUUCAGGGGGGAGAGAGAGGCCCAAGGCUCUGCCCAGGAGAUGUGGGGAAAUUAAAGUGAUUAUUUAAAGAGGAUGCUUGGGAGAGGGUCUCCCCCUAACUUUUCCUGUAUCCUCCAAUUCACCAGAUUUUUAUACACACCAAUGCAAGCCUAGAUAUUUCCUAUUAUUCUAGGAGUGAACUUUUAUAUGUGGAAGAUCGAUGGUAUUUGCUUAUUUCACUGUGAUUGAGUAAAAUUCUAUUCCUUUCUCCAUUUUUGCCUUGCUGUGAAUUGAAUUGACAUUUACAGACCUGUGUUGUUUUGUUUUUGUUUUUGCUUGUAAUUGAGAAUGUGUGCAAAAAUAUCAAACUUGUUCCCUGUGCAGAAUGAAGACUUCUGUGAAUAUUAUGAAUAUAUCAGCCUGUUCUGGUCUAUCUUUGUAUAUAGCUCUCUAUCCUUAGAAGUAGAAUUUGAAUAAUGUGAUCUUUGAAGAGUCUGAAAUUAUGCAAAUGUUGCUGACUUGUGAAAAUAAUCUCAGAAGAAAAAUGUAACCUUAUUUGAUAUUUCUUGCCCUAGUAGUAAUGUGGUACUUGAUAUUUUAUGUUCCUAAUCAGUGUAAGUGCUUGUAGAAUUGCUCUGUCAAAUUAAAUAAGGGUCCUUUUGUCUUCAUGUGCUCAAAAGAAAAGUAAAAUCUGUCAGUCUGCUGUAUUGUUUUCACCAAAAUAAAAAUUAAUAAAGUUGUAUGUUGUCUAGGU